CAGAGUGGAUGGAGUAAAGGGGCUAAGCAAUGCAAGAGUCUGCACAGAUACAGAAAGACAGGUCUGGAAUAUAUGUUAAUUUUAAACGUGGAGCCACAAGAUUGACGCAUAUUUCCUUUUGACUCAUUGCUGGGAUUUCCUGGGAAACUUCGUUUGCAGAGUUGAAAAUUGUCAUUUUUGAUUAUAAGGCUACAGUUGUUGUCAUUCAUCAGAAUGAGGUCCUUGGCCCUCGGCUUCUUCUACCUGUUGUGCUGUGAUGCAGUGCGACUGGACAGACGUCGUCCCAAACCCAUCACAGCCAGAGCACUAAAUGAGACAACUGUCCAAACCAAAGUCAUGGAGAACUCGUGUAAGGCCAUCCCACUGGAUUUCGUCUUUGUAAUCGACAGCUCCAGAAGCAUCCGUCCCAACGACUACGAGAAGGUCAAGACUUUCAUCAUCAACCUGCUUCAGUUCCUCGAGGUCGGCAGUGAUGCAACACGAAUUGGUCUGCUCCAGUAUGGCAGCGUGGUCCAGCCUGAGUUCUCCCUCAACACCUACACCACCAAGGCUGAGGUGGAGCAGGCGGUGAGGAACAUGAAGCACCUCGCCUCAGGAACCAUGACUGGUCUGGCCAUCCAGUACACCAUGGAGACAGCCUUCACUGAGGAACAGGGAGCCCGGCCAAAGAGCCUGCACAUCCCACGUAUUGCCAUGAUUGUGACUGAUGGGAGACCUCAGGACACGGUGGAGGAGAUAGCAGCUGAGACGAGAGAGGCUGGCAUCCAGAUCUUUGCUAUUGGAGUGGGCAGGGUGGACAUGAACACCCUGAAGACCAUUGGGAGUGAGCCACACUUGGAGCAUGUGCACCUGGUGGCCAACUUCAGCCAGAUAGAAACCCUGAUCUCAGUGUUCCAGUCCAAACUGUGUGGAGAAGCAGAGAAGUGUGAUGUGGUGGACCAUCAGUGUCAGCACAUCUGUGUGAGCAGCCCUGCCUCAUACAGGUGCAAGUGCAGAAAAGGCUUCACCCUCAACCCUGACGGCAAGACGUGUAAAGCCGAGGAUACAUGUGCGGUGGUGGAUCAUGGUUGCCAACACAUCUGUGCUAACCUGCCUGAUGGCUACGAGUGUCGCUGCCGUUCAGGGUAUCAGCUCACCAUAGACAACAAGACAUGCAACCAAAUAGACUACUGUGACCUGGGGAACCAUGGCUGUGAACACAACUGUGUCAGCGUUCCAGAGUCCUACAUCUGCAGGUGUAACAAAGGCUACAUCCUCAAUCUGGAUGGAAAAACCUGCAGCAAGAUUGAUCACUGUGCUGAUGGCACCCAUGGGUGUGAACAGGAAUUCAUGAACACAGCAGACUCCUGUUUAUGCAAAUGUAGAAAAGGCUACACACUCAGACCAGAUGGAAAAACAUGCAAGAAGAUUGAUCACUGUGCUGAUGGCACCCAUGGGUGUGAACAGGAGUUUAUGAACACAGAGGACAGUUGUGUAUGUAAAUGCAGAAAAGGCUACACUCUCAGACCUGAUGGGAAAACAUGCAAGAAGAUUGAUCACUGUUCUGAUGGCACCCAUGGGUGCGAACAGGAGUUUAUGAACACAGAGGACAGUUGUGUGUGUAAAUGCAGAAAAGGCUACACACUCAGACCUGAUGGGAAAACAUGCAAGAAUAUGGAUCAUUGUGCUGACGGGAAACAUGGCUGUGAGCAGGAGUUCAUGAGCACAGAAGAUUCAUGUGUGUGCAAAUGCAGGCCAGGAUUCACGUUGCAUCCUGAUGGAAAAACAUGUCAGAAGAAACACUGCAGCGAUGGCAUCAUGGAUCUAGUUUUUGUGAUCGAUGGCUCCAAGAGUCUGGGUCCAGCCAACUUUGAGCUUGUCAAACAGUUUGUAAAUGGCAUCGUGGACUCACUGAACAUUUCCAGGAUGGGAACACAUGUGGGCCUUCUUCAGUACUCCACCAAGGUGCGCACAGAGUUUACCUUGAACCAGUACAGCACUGCACGAGACAUCAAGCAGGCAGUGACCCGGAUGCAGUACAUGGGGAGAGGCUCCAUGACUGGCUCAGCUCUACGUCACAUGUACGAGUUCAGCUUUUCAGCCAAAGAAGGUGCCAGACCGAACACCCCACGAGUCAGCAUCGUGUUCACUGAUGGAAGAUCACAGGAUGAUGUUUCUGAAUGGGCCACCAAAGCAAAGAACUCUGGGGUCACAAUAUACACCUUGGGUGUUGGCAAAGCUAUUGAACAGGAGCUGAGAGAAAUUGCAUCAGAACCUGAUGAGAAGCAUCUGUAUUAUGCUGAGGAUUUUGAGAAAAUGGGAGAAAUUACAAAGAAACUCAAGUCCAGGAUAUGUACAGAUAAACCAUCUGAUGACAGCAUGUGCCAGUGUGAGAACGUGAUAAUGUUUCAGAACCAAGUCACUGAGAAGCUGAAGAACCUGCUUCAGAAUAUUGAAGCCAUGUCAAAGAGGCUGGAGACUCUCGAGAAUCAACUUGUGCAUAAAUGAAAGGCUGAAACCUGCCCGUCCCUCCACUAACCUGCAGCGUGGCAUGCACGGGAUCCUGCUCAACAAGCUGCGCUGAACAAUAUGCAAAUAAAAUGCUUUCUACUGAAGAUAUUUAUACACUUUUCUAACAACACAAUGCAUUAUUGUUUUAAAUAUUCUUUAAUACCAAAUCACAUAAAUAUCUCUUUGUACAGCAGACUGACAAAUAAACAUUUUAAACCUCA